CGAUGACACCCAUCACUUGAGAGAGAAAGAGAAGAGAGAGAGAGAGAGAGAGAGAGAUUGCAGGAGCAACAGCAGGAGAGGAGAAAGGGAGGGAGAGCGAGAGAGGAUGUCGUGGCAAGCAUACGUCGACGACCAUCUGAUGUGCGAGAUCGACGGGCAGCAUCUCACGGCGGCCGCCAUCCUCGGCCACGACGGCAGUGUCUGGGCACAGAGCGCUUCCUUCCCUCAGUUUAAACCAGAAGAGAUUACUGCAAUCAUGACCGACUUUGAUGAGCCAGGGUCUCUUGCACCAACUGGGUUAUAUCUUGGUGGGACAAAGUACAUGGUAAUCCAAGGCGAGCCAGGUGCUGUUAUUCGAGGGAAGAAGGGUACUGGUGGUGUCACUGUGAAGAAGACCAAUCUGGCCUUGAUCAUUGGCAUAUACGAUGAACCAAUGACGGGUGGCCAGUGCAACAUGGUUGUCGAGAGGCUUGGUGAUUAUCUUUAUGACCAGGCUUUUUAAAUUUGGUGUGGAUGCAUCGGAAAUUCCUAUUUUGAUAUUUCCCAUAAUUCCCGGAACAGGCUUGCGAUCUACCUGAUAUUUCCUUGAGUGCAAUAAAUAAUCAGCUCGAAAUCAUGUUGGAAAUUUGAUGCAAGUCCUGUUAGUAUCAUUGUCAUGCUAGGGUCAACAUUUCUGUGUGGUGAUGUGUGUGGAAGUUUUGGAUGUAGAUUUGACUUAUAUGUGCAUGAUUAUGUAUAGGUGAUGAUGCUGGUGACUUAGUUUGCA